UGAUGAUCCGAAGAAUGGAGGGGAGAAUCCAUAGAACAAAGUCCUCAAGCAGAUGGCGGGGCCUGGUGCAUGAGCAGAGGUUUCACCUAGGCGAGGAGGCGUGUGAUGGACUCCUUUUAAUUUUGGCAUGAAUCAUAGAACACCACCCUACCCCGCUGGAGAUUAUUGUCUUCUGUGCAGAAGUGAGCGGAAAGAUGCUUCGUUCUUAGAGAGUGGAAUUAAGACUGCGAGCAAAUUGGCCCUCUCCAUGGCUCCCAAGGGCAACAGCGUGCUGCACCUGCCACUGUGGGUGUGCCCGGACUGCCGGCGGACUGUGGAAAAGGAGGAGAGGCACAGUGGCCUCGACCAGCCGUCGCAGGGCCAAGACUUUCUUCUUCACUCCCCUCUUGGUGGGUCCCAGCCGGAGGCAGGCGGCGGGAGGCUAGCCCUCAGCGCGCAGACGCUGCCCUCGGCGGGGCUGGGUACUGCCCCCUCGGAUGCCGCGUGCGCCUGUGAGGCCUGCAGCGAGCGCAGAGAGAUUUCGGCAGAGACGGACCGGGAACCUCAGCAGCUGCAGAACUAUUGGUCGGAAGUGCGCUACAUGGUCCGCUGCAUUUACCGCCAGGCGGGGACCCCGCUGGCCGACGACCAAGACCAGAGUCUCGUGCCCGACAAGGAGGGGGUGAAGGAGCUCGUGGAUAGGCUCUGUGAGAGGGACCCCUACCAGCUGUACCAGCGGUUGGAACAACAAGCCAGAGAGUAUGUGCUGGAGAUGAAAGUCCGACUCCUCCGGCAGCUGUCGGCUGCAUCCAAAGUGAAAGCGCCGUCUGCCCUGCAGGGCCCUCCGCAGGCACACCAGUUCAUCUCUCUCCUUCUCGAGGAGUAUGGCGCCCUCUGCCAGGCAGCACGCACCAUCAGCACCUUCCUUGGCACGCUGGAAAAUGAACACUUGAAAAAGUUCCAGGUGACAUGGGAACUGCAUAAUAAGCAUCUGUUUGAAAAUCUGGUCUUUUCGGAGCCACUUCUCCAGAGCAACUUGCCAGCACUGGUGUCGCAGAUCAGGCUGGGAACCACGACACAUGACACGUGCAACGAGGACACGUACAGCACCUUGCUGCAGCGGUACCAGCGCUCCGAAGAGGAGUUGCGCAGGGUGGCCGAGGAGUGGCUGGAGUGCCAGCAAAGGAUCGAUGCCUACGUCGACGAGCAGAUGACAAUGAAAACGAAACAGCGCAUGCUGACGGAGGACUGGGAGCUUUUCAAACAGAGGCGAUUCAUUGAAGAGCAGCUGACCAAUAAGAAAGCAGUCGCCGGUGAGAACAACUUCACGGACGCCAUGAGGCACAUGCUGUCCUCCCGGCUGAGCAUGCCCGACUGCCCCAACUGCAACUACAGGAGAAGAUGUGCUUGUGAUGACUGCAGCCUCUCACACAUCCUCACUUGUGGUGUCAUGGACCCCCCCGUCACUGGCGACAUCCACAGUCACCAGCUGCCCCUCCAAGUGGAUUCUGCUCCCGACUAUCUCACUGAGAUGCGCCCACCUAGCGUGUCCUCAGCAAGCUCAGGGUCAGGUUCCAGCUCUCCCAUUACAAUUCAGCAACAUCCCAGACUCAUCCUCACAGACAAUGGCUCUGCACCAACUUUUUGUAGUGAUGAUGAAGACGUUGCACCACUGUCAGCUAAGUUUGCUGAUAUUUAUCCACUGAGUAACUACGAUGAUACUGAGGUGGUGGCCAAUAUGAAUGGAAUCCACAGCGAAUUGAAUGGUGGCGGGGAAAACAUGGCUCUGAAAGAUGAGUCCCCUCAGGUAAGCAGUACCAGUAGUAGCUCCUCAGAGGCUGACGACGAAGAGGCGGAUGGCGAGAGCAGUGGGGAGCCGCCAGGAGCCCCAAAGCAAGACGUAGCUCUAAGCAAUGGGAGUCCCAGGAAAGAGGAAAGUAAAGUGGACAGUCCACCCCCAUCUUACCCUACUCAGCAGCCUGAACAAGCUCCGAACACUUGUGAAUGUCAUGUUUGUAAACAGGAAGCUUCCGGACUCACGGCAUCAGCAAUGACCGCAGGAGCCCUCCCCGCAGGCCAUCAGUUCCUGAGCCCAGAGAAGCCCACCCACCCUGCUUUGCAUCUUUACCCCCACAUCCAUGGACACGUGCCUCUGCACGCGGUCCCACACCUGCCCCGCCCUCUCAUCCACCCCACCUUGUAUACGGCGCCCCCCUUCACACACAGUAAGGCUUUACCGCCAGCACCUGUUCAGAAUCACACAAAUAAGCAUCAGGUAUUCAAUGCAUCUCUUCAAGACCAUAUUUAUCCAAGCUGUUUUGGGAAUACUCCAGAGUGGAAUAGUUCUAAAUUUAUAAGUCUUUGGGGAUCAGAAGUGAUGAAUGAUAAGAACUGGAAUCCUGGCACUUUCUUGCCAGAUACAAUUUCUGGGAGUGACAUAUUAGGACCAACACUCUCAGAAACAAGACCCGAAGCCCUUCCGCCUCCGUCUAGCGGUGAAACGCCUGUAGUUUCCGAGAGCAAGGAGAAAAAAAACGCCGCAAAAAAGAAAUGCUUGUAUAAUUUCCAAGAUGCUUUCAUGGAAGCAAACAAAGUUGUGAUGGCCACGUCGUCAGCCACCUCCUCCGUGUCCUGCACGGCCACCACGGUGCAGUCCAGCAACAGCCAGUUCAAAGUGUCGUCCAAGAGGCCUCCUUCCAUAGGUGAGGUGUUCCACGGUGUCAACAAGGAGGACCACAGACACGCGGUGCCGGCCGCCCCGAGGAACAGCCCCACAGCCUUGGCGCCGCUUCCCGCCCUCGCCCCUGCCGCGCUCGCCCCGGCCUCCUCGCCUCACCUCGCAAGUCUUGCAGCCCCGUCCUUCCCCAGCACUGCUGCCCCGUCCCCCGGGUUUGUGGAGCCGCGCAAGAGCUUCUGUCCUGCUCCGGGAGCGCCCCCACCCCCCGCAACCGAUGGCUCCAUCAGCGCUCCCCCCAGCGUCUGCAGCGACCCCGACUGUGAGGGCCACCGCUGCGAAAACGGCGUGUAUGACCCGCAGCAGGACGACGGGGACGAGAGCGCCGACGAGGACAGCUGUUCUGAGCACAGCUCCAGCACGUCUACCUCCACCAACCAGAAGGAGGGCAAGUACUGUGACUGCUGCUACUGCGAGUUCUUCGGGCACGGCGGGCCUCCAGCUGCGCCGACAAGUAGAAAUUACGCAGAGAUGAGGGAGAAGCUCCGUUUGCGGCUGACCAAGAGGAAAGAAGAGCAGCCUAAAAAGGCGGACCAGCUCUCGGACAGAGAGAGUGUGGUUGACCAUCGAAGGGUGGAAGACUUGCUACAGUUCAUAAACAGCUCAGAGACCAAGCCCGUGAGCAGCACUCGAGCCGCCAAGCGAGCCAGACACAAGCAGAGGAAGUUGCUGCUUCUUCUCGCAUCACAGCUGGAGGAGAAAGCUCGCCUGGAAGCAGAGGCCCGGGCCCGGGAGCACCUGCACCUCCGCGAGGAGCAGCGACGGCAGCAGGAGGAGGAGGAGUUUCAGCGGCUCCAGGAGCUUCAGAAGCUGAGGGCUGCGAAAAAGAAGAAGAAGGAGAGGCCGAGUAAAGACUGUCCCAAGUUGGACAUGCUUGCUAGAAACUUCCAGGCAGCAGCAGAGUCCGUACCCAACUCUGAAAACAUACACAAUGGCUCACUAGAGCAACUGGAAGAACCAGAAACCUCCUCUCACUCUCCUUCCAGACAUGGGGACCACACAGAGCCCAGGCCAGGGCCGGCGGCCAACGGGGAUGCUGCCAGCCCCGCGGACUCCAGAGACUCCACGCUCCUCCUCCCAAAGGAGGCCAGUGCGAAGCGGCAGGAGCCACUGUCUUUUCUCCUUGACAUAAUGCAGCACCACAAGGAGGGGAACGGCAAGCAGAAGCUCAAACAGACCAGCAAGGCCAGCAGCGAGCUGCUGAGGAAGCCAGCCGAGCCCCCCAAAGCCUCCGAGGGCCAGCCCAGACCCCGGCCCCAGACCGAGUCAAAGGCAAAAGUGCUUGACUUCACUUCCCUGGCGGAGCACAAAAGGGAGGACAGAAAAGUGAACAGUAACAACAAUAACAAAAAGCAGCUGAACCACGUCAAGGAAGAGAGGUUGAAUCCGGCCCCCCCAGAGCCUGCCUCCCCCAGUGAGCACCCUCAGGACAGCAAGCUGGUGCUGGCGGACUCUCCGCAGCCUAAGGGCAAGAGCAAGAAAAAUAGGAAGAAGAAAGGAGACAGAGUCAGCAGUUCAAUCGAUGAUGUCUUUCUGCCUAAAGAUAUCGACCUAGACAGCGUGGAUAUGGAUGAGACAGAGAGGGAAGUGGAGUAUUUCAAAAGAUUCUGUCUGGAUUCCGCUAGACAGACCCGACAAAGACUGUCCAUCAACUGGUCCAAUUUUAGCUUGAAAAAAGCCACUUUUGCUGCCCACUGAAUGAGGACCGCCUGGAGAGGGACGCGCGGGAGGUGGGCCAGGCCCCGGAGCCGCAGCGCCGGCCCAGGGCCGGGCCGGGUGGGCUGCCGCCCCCGAGAGCCCCAGACCGAGGACUCGCUGCUCGGCCCGCGCCGGGAGCUCGUGUGCGUGUGUCUGUGAGUGAGGCGUUGAGCACGGCGCCGUGCUGUCGGAUUGGAACAGUGGCUCCUGCCGGUUCUCCACCCCGCGGCCCGGGAGCCUGGGUCGUGGCCAGAGACGCGUUUCAUCAUCCACGUGGCUCGUUGCCUCUGCAUCUCGCCCUGUCCUGUCAUCUGUCCCCGCCAGGGCACUGCCGUCACUCAGCUCUCGUGUGCCCUGCACCCCACCCGAGGCGGGCUGGGCGGGCAGGCGCUCUUCCGUUCUCCUCCACAAUCUACUGUCUACGAGUGUACACGUUGCGCUGUUUGUGUCUGACCCCCUGACUUGUAGCCAGCUUGUGUAAGAUCCCUUGCAGAAUGAGAAAGUUCAAAAACAAAACCCCACCCAGUACUCACACCAUCAAGUCUGUUAGAGAGUGUACGACUGUAUUAACACGGAGGCCUGCCUGGCUACUUUUUUAACAUAUUGUUAAGUAAUAUUAAAAUCAUGUCUUUCUUUUUGAAAGAUGGAAUACAUUAGUACAGCAGAAGACCUCGUCUGGUUGCUUUCUGCUGGGGGCGGUGUGGUGCCGGGGGCGGGGCAGGGCACGGGGCGAGUGGGGGGCAGUGCCCCCCAAGGGAAACCUGGGCCACCAGCCUUGGAGCAUCUCCCGGGUCACCCCUGGCAGCAGUUUAGGGGUACUGGCACCCCCACCAUCCUCCAUGCAGCAGUGUAUCCGGGGCCUUCCGCGUGCCAGGCAAGGCCAGGCCCAGGACAGAGCCCAGCCCGGCGCUCGAGAGGGUUUGGUGAGAGAGCAGUGGUAACCCCAAGCAGCAGCAGCGGGGUGGAGGCGGAGCAGGGGUCCCCGCCUUCUAACCUCCGGGGCAGGGGACGCAGAGCAGGUGGGCCGGAGGGGCAGCAGCCUGGGACUACAUAGAGCCCCAUGGGCAGGUGCUUGUCCAGUGCGGCGGGGGGAGGGGGCGAUCUCAGACGAGACCAUGAAGAGUCACAGGUGUUCGCUUGGGUUUAAACGAGGAACGACACCGGCAGGAUUUAGGACGAGAGUGGGGAUGCUGCCCGGAUUCCUUUCCUCUGCGGUCGGUCCAGGCCGUUGGCAGGAGUCCCUGGCGGAGCCGCCGCCCGGUCGCCGCCGUCCUGCCACCCACCUCCCAGAGCACUGCGGAGCCGCACUGCUCCCGCCACCUCUCGGGAAGCCUUGUGUGCAGCCGCAGGGCUGGGGCGUGUCCCCGCUUCCCUGUGGAGACCGGGCGAGAGGAAGCGGCCUCUGGAAACAUUCUGCCGGUUCCGUCCACAGCACUUCUGGACGGGCGGGAUGCAGGUAGCAGAGGGAGGAGGCAAGAGGGGCUCCCGGGCUGUGGUCUGAGCCCCGGGCGAGGUGGGGCUGCCCGCCCUGGAGCAGGGCUCAAGUCUGAGGUGCCCACCAGACACCCCCCCCCCCCAGGUGAGAUGUCUGGCAUAUUGGGAAUUGCUGUUCGUGGACAGAAGGCCACCCCGGAGCAAGUGCGGACAGGUCAGGGGUCCGGGACCCAGAACCAGUGUGCAGGGUGGCAGGAGGAGGGCAGCCUGGAGGACACGGCGGGGGGGGAGACUGGCCGUGGCAGGGCUGCCGUGGUCAAGGUGCGCUCCAGGGACGGGCCCAGGGCUCUCGACACUGGAGGGUCCUUGACCACAGCCCAGUGGGAGCUGGUUUGCAGGAAAACAAGGGUGGGAACGGCAGGGCCUGGGAAUAGGAGACGGGGCAAGAGGCCGGCUGGCUGGUUUUGCUUUUUCUCUGACUAGGUGGGGCGAACAAGCGUACCGCUCUGCCCGUGGGAUGACCCUGCAAAGCGAGGAACGGGCUGGGCAGUGACCGCAGCGGGAGCCGCGUCCUCGAAAGCCCCCGAUGUGCCUCCAGGACUCUCAAGCCCAGGCCUGGGCCUCCACCCCCCUGAUGGGGAAACCGAGGCCCAAGGUGCUUCUGCGGGACACCCAGCUCCAGUGCUCCUGUCUUCACGGGGCCUAGACCCGGGCGCCAGCCCCUGGGGGAGCCUCAGACCACACGCUGGAGCAUCACCUCCUUUACACGGUAACGGCAAUCGUGAGAUGAAAUCAAAUAACGAUGGCUAGAAAAGAAGCAGUUAAAAGUGUCUUUUUAUUGAACUUUGUCUACAUGCUCAUGCUAUUAAACCAAAACAUCAUCAAAAGGAGUAUUGUACCAGAAAGGAUGAACGUUUCUUCAUUUCAUUGAUAAAGGAGAAGAAACUUACCUCACAGGUCCCACUGUUUCUGUUUUAAACACAACAAAAGGUCACCCACAGAAUGACCAGAAUUGAAGUAACUUGAGUCCCGGUUCCUCGUCUUCCCGGUGACAGGCGGUCGUUGUCCCGGAUCCACUAUGAAAACGUAAAGCAUAAGCACCGAGGGCUGGGAGGCGAGGCGCGCGGAGAAAUACUGUGCGCCUCCGAACCGUCAAGAACUUAGGCCCGACACAAACUGCGCGCCGCCGGGCGCCCGCCGUGCCCGGGAGCCGUCCACAUGGUCUUCCGUGGAGCAGCCGGCGUAGUUACGGGGAAGAGUCCCAAACACGUGCCGGCGGCACCCGUGAGGGAGGAACUGCCACGGAGACUGUGCCCCUGCCACGCACAACUGUAAAACCGAGGAAGGUGUUUAAACAACGUUUUUGGGUGUUGGGGGAAACACAGCACGUGGCGGUGUUUUCUGAGUGAAGGGGAGGAAACCAGGUAAGCCUCUUGGCGCCCCAGCUUCCAGCCUGGAGGCAGUUUCCAGGCCCAGGAUGGGCGGGGG